ACCCUAUAAUUUAGAGCUGUUUGUUUUCCUCGUUUUUUUUGACAGACAGAUUAGAAUCAACCCGGAAAACCAGAUAAGCUCUAGAAUGGAAUAUCAUUUUCUCCCAACCUAAGCUCGCUUUGUCGGUGUGUUUUUAGAUUGAACAGGGUUUUUUUCCUUUCUUUUCUUUUUUAGGAAGCUGGAUGUCUGAUAAGAAAUAGCGCAUUGAUUUUACUUAUUAAGGAAGUUGCAUGUUUGAUCAGAAAUAGCGCAUCGAUUUCCAGCAGGCCACAGGUGACAGAUCGGAAAAACAUUAAUAGAAUAGCAGAAAGAUCUGCAAAAGAACAAUAAAAUCAAGCCCAUCAAGCAAGAUAAAUACAAGUUCCUAUCGUAUUUUUCACACUUGACUAUUGUUCCAUUCCUCCUCUACCUUUGCAUCUACUUAACUCAAACUCGUAGUAUUUUUGAGGAUGAGAAGUAUUGCUAAUCAUGGGGAGAGUUAAGCUCCAAAUCAAAAAAAUAGAAAACAACACAAACAGGCAGGUUACCUUCUCCAAGAGGCGAAAUGGACUUAUUAAGAAGGCAUAUGAGCUCUCCAUUCUUUGUGAUAUUGAUAUUGCACUUAUUAUGUUUUCGCCCUCUGGCAGAUUGAGUCAAUUUUCUGGAAAGAAAAGUAGGAUAGAGGAUGUUAUAACACGUUAUGUCAAUCUACCAGAACAUGAGAGAGGCAGGCUUCAGAAUCAAGAAUUUCUAAAUAGAGCAUUGAAGAAAUUGAAGUGCGACAGUGAACUUGCCAAUCAUCUAGCAAGCCCAGGAAACAUUCCAAAUGUUGAGGAACUUCAAAGAGAAAUCAAUACAUGGAGAUUGCAACUAGCAGAUGCAGAAUCAAGAUUAAGGUGUUUGGAAGCAGAUCCUCAUCUGAUAACCUCACUACAAGAAGCGGAGUAUUAUGAGAGAGUUCUUGAAGAAUCCUUAACUAGAGUUCGAGCUAAAAAGCAAUACCUUGAACAAACUAGAAUAGUCCCAUAUGGCCAAGCAAAUAUACAUAGCCAAUCAAAUAUACAGAUGUAUAUGCAACAACAAAAUGGAAAUCCUAGUUGUGCUAGUUCAAGUGAGAGUCAAAUGCUAAGUUGGAUAUCACAGAGAGACCCACAAAUGGGUGUUCAAAACUUUUUAGAACCUAGCAAUACUGAUGGCACAUUAGGAAUCAGGGACAUUGUGGCAGAAUGCACGCCUAUAAAUAUUUUCACAUCCCUUCAACAAGGCAGUGGUAGCAUGCAACUUGGAAGUCAUGCAAGUGAUUCCAAUAAAUCACAUUUGAAGUUUGAUUAUCCUCCUCUAGAAGGCAACCCUAGUGAUGAACAUAUUGAGCAUGAUAUGACAGGAAAUGAUUAUGGUUCUAUAGCGACACUUUCUUCCCAGUGGCACUCAAUGUAUGGAAAUAGCUUGAUGACACCUUUAUCAAUUGUUCAAAAUAAUUACUCUUUUGCACAGGGAUUGGGAAUGACGGACAAUGUUUCAAGCAUGGUAUCACAUCAACACCAACACCAACACCAACACCAACAUGAAGACUCGUCUCAAGAUGAUGGGAUUGAUGCAUCUUACCACACUAACAUAGCGGAUGCACCUCCCACUGAUUAAUGUGGAUGUGCCUCCUUAUUUAUAAGAUAUUACCUCUAAUAUAUAGAUAUUUCUUUAAACUUUUAGGAAAUAUAUUUUUUUAGACUGAAUUAGGUACAUCAAACUUUUAGGAUAUUAUUAUCACAUUUUAUCCUUAUUAAAAUAAAGGUGGGAGAAUUGUUGUAAAAA